AGGUGCCAUGGGUUGACUGAGAUGACUGGCCGAUGCACCACCUGUGCCCCCUACUCAACACGCUCAGUCAGCCGCCUGACCACCUACUCACCCUCUCACUCACCUAACCACUCACCUACCGCUCGCCAAACUACCCAAUAAAUCCCCCAACCCCACACUCACUUAUAAAGUCAUUUAUAGGACUUGUUAACAAACCCUCACCGUGGGUGUGUCUCCGUACUUCUAUUAAUGAUUGCCCCUUUGGAAAUCCACUGCUAGAUGAAGGCCUCCCCAAGCCACGUCAUUCUUGGGGGCUCCUUGACCAUACUUCACCACGCUGGUUGGCGGGGAUGGCCGUGUACCCAAUCAGGAAUCACCCAACACCGUGGCUGGGAAAUCCAAACUCAGGUCGCCGAAUUGAUCGUGUGUUGCGCUAACCGCUGCGCCACCACUCACUCCACUGCAUUUUCUAGACUGCGUGGAUGUCCUUGUGUGUUGGCGUCUCGACAGGGACGCUGUCCUUCUACGACCCAGAAGCGAUGCAGAUCCUCUACACGUUCCGGACCAGGUUCUCGCAGCCGCUUCACCCCGCGUUCUCGGUGUGGUGUGGCGGCCUCACGGUGCGAGUCGGCCUGCAGGUGCCCACCGCGCUCCGCGCCCGCCAGGGGGCGCUACACUCGGCGCGGAGCCACAGCGAGAGCGAGGGGUCCGUGAGCAGCGGCGGCGGUGGCCCGAUGCCCUCCUCCCCGUGACCCAGCAGACACCCCCUCGAUCGACCGGCUCGCCGCGACUCUCUUCUCCAACAACCACAGGCGUUUCUGUAGACGCCCGCAGUGGGGAGGUCGCUCAGUCUCCUUCUGCUGUGCCCCCCCCCACACCCACGCGAGUUGGAUCGGUAAUUGCGUGAGAUGCCACAACUCGAGUUGUCCACAGGAGGGCGCUCGUGGCCGUCAAAUUAAAUGUGUUGCACGGCACGAAGGCGGUGUUGCUAUUGGGAGAACCAUCACGGGGGUGGUGGGAGUGGGGAGUCGACUAAAGAACGCAAUGAAUGGGGAAAGAAGAGGGAAGGGAGGGCGAGAUGGAAGUUCCCAUCGCCAAGACGGACAGAGAAGAGGAGGAGG